UUAACUAACCUAUAUGUAUUGAGGUUAUACGUGUAUUAUUAUCGUUAAACUACAUUUUUUUACUAAUUUAAUUGAUAUAAUCAAGAACACGAUAAUACAGGAAAGGUUAUUAACAGAGAAAUGGAUAUCCAAAAUCUUGAAGAAGAAACUGAUAUCCACGAUAAUUUUUUAUCAAGUAUCGAUAUAAAACAAGAAUUAAUUGACGAAGUACCUACAAUAGAAAUUCAAAAUAGAAAUGAACAAGUAAAUACAAUUCACUCGAUCAAACAAGAAAUCAACGAUGACUUGAAUACAACUGAGAUAUUUGAUAACAAUGUGGAUGUAACUAAUGAAACAAAAGGGAACUUUCUCAGUACUAACAUCAUCCUAAACAAACUGGUGUAUUCAAAAGUUGCCCUUAGAAGGGGAAUUAAAUCAAAAGUUACAGGACUGAUAAGAGAUGGGAAACAUUCGCAACCAAAUUCUAUGGGGUUAAUGAUAUGUGUAUAUUGUGGGAAUUUAUAUAAAAAACAAGAAGAAUUGUUAUACCACUUGGCAAUAAAUCAUUGUAUAAAAGGAAGCAAAUUUUCCAAAAUUAGAAAGCACCUUAAAAGUAAAAGUGAUACAUGUAUUAUGGAAAAUCUUGAUAUUAAAGAUGAAAUUGAAGUAUUUGACCAUGAAUUAAAAGUGGAACUGCAGGACAAUACAAACCAGUUGGAUGUUACCGAUAAUUUAGAAUCAAGUGUACAUAAGAGUUUGAAAUCAAUUCAAACUAAUUCAAAUAUGCAUUUACAUAGUUACACUACAACAAAACCAUUCAAAUGUGACAUUUGUAGCAAACCAUUCCCUUAUAAAAGUAAUUUAAAUAUACAUAUGCUUAGUCACAAGAGAGAAAAGCGAUUUAAGUGUGACAUUUGUUUGAAAACUUUUCCAUAUACAAGUUGCUUGAAGACACAUUUGUGCAGCUAUACAGAAGAAAAGCCAUUCAAAUGUGAUAUUUGUUCUAAAACUUUUUCACGGAGGAGUGGUUUGAAGAGACAUUUGAAAAGUCAUUCAGGAGAAAAGUCAUUUAAAUGUGAUAUUUGCUCUAAAACUUUUUCACAGUCAAGUGAUUUGAAGACACAUUUCCGUAGUCAUACAGGAGAAAAGCCAUUCAAAUGUGAAAUUUGUUUUAAAACUUUUUCACGUAUGAAUGGUUUGAAAAUACAUUCUUAUACUCAUUCAGGAGAAAAGCCAUUCAAAUGUGAUAUUUGUUUUAAGACCUUUUCACAGUCAAGUGAUUUGAAAAAACAUUUGCUUAACCAUACAGGAGAAAAGCCAUUCAAAUGUGAGAUUUGUUUAAAACCAUUUUCACGGAAAAUUAAUUUGAAAACACAUUUAUGUAAUCAUACAGGAGAAAAGCCGUUCAAAUGUGACAUUUGCUUAAAAACUUUUUCAGAUAGGAGUAUUUUGAAGAGACAUUUGGCUAGUCAUACAGGAGAAAAGCCAUUCAAAUGUGAUAUUUGUUUCAGAACGUUUACAUGGAAAAUUAAUUUGAAGAGACAUUUUUAUAGUCAUACAGCAGAAAAGCCAUUUAAAUGUGAAGUUUGUUUGAAAACUUUUUCAGAUACAAGUCAUUUGAAGGCACAUUUGCGUAUCCAUACAGGAGAAAAGCCAUUCAAAUGUGAUGUUUGUUAUAAAACUUUUUCAGAAAAGAGUAGGAUGAAGAGACAUUUGCAUACUCAUAUAGGAGAAAAGCCAUUCAAAUGUGAUAUUUGUUUGAAACCAUUUUCACAGAAAAUUCUUUUGAAGACACAUUUGCAUAGUCAUACAGGAGAAAAGCCAUUCAAAUGUGACAUUUGUUUGAAAACAUUUACAUGGAAAUUAAAUUUAAAGAGACAUUUUUAUAUUCAUACAGCAGAAAAACCAUUCAAAUGUGACAUUUGUUUGAAAACUUUUUCAGAUAAAAGUCAUUUGAAGGCACAUUUGCAUGUCCAUACAGGAGAAAAGCCAUUCAAAUGUGAUGUUUGUUCUAAAACUUUUCCAGAAAAGAGUAGGUUGAAGAGACAUAUGCGAACUCAUACAGGAGAAAAGCCAUUCAAAUGUGAUGUUUGUUUUAAAACUUUUUCAGAAAAGAGUAGGCUGAAGAGACAUUGGCGUACUCAUACAAGUGAAAAGCCUUUCAAAUGUGAUUUUUGUUGGAAACCAUUUUCACAGGAAUUUCUUUUGAAGAGACAUUUGCAUAGUCAUAUAGAAGAAAAACCAUUCAAAUGUGACAUUUGUUUUAAAACUUUUUUACAGUCCUUUGAUUUCAAGACACAUUUGUGUAUCCAAACAGGAGAAACGCCAUUGAAAUGUGAUGUUUGUUUGAAAACAUUUUCUCAGAUAAGUAAUUUGAAUAGACAUUUGCGUAUCCAUACAGGAGAAAAGCCUUUCAAAUGUGAAAUUUGUUUAAAAACUUUUUCAGAUAAAAGUAAUUUGAAGAGACAUUUGCGAAGUCAUACAGGAGAAAACUUUUGCAUAAAUGUACAGGAGAAACAAGGAAAUACAGGAAAGGUUAUUAUCAAAGAAAUGAAUGUUGAAAAUGUUAAAGAAGAAAUUGAUAUCCAAGAUGAUUUUAUGUCGAAUAUCCAAAUAAUAAAACAAGAAUUAAUUAAAGAAGUAUCUGCAAUAAAAAUUCAAAAUACAAAUGAACAAACGAAUGGAAUUUAUUCAAUCAAACAAGAAAUCAACGAUGAUUUGGAUACAACUACAAUAUUUGAUAAUAAUGUAGAUGUAACUAAUAAAACUAAAAGGGACAUUCUCAGUACUCAUAUCAUUAAAAACAAACCAGGAUAUUCAAAAGAUGCCUAUAGAAAAGGAAAUAAAUCAAAAGUUACAGGACUGAUGAGAGAUGGAAAAUGUUGGCAGCCAAAUGCUAUGGGGUUAAUGAUAUGUGUAUAUUGUGGGAAUUUAUACACGAAACAAGUAGAAUUGUUGUGGCACUUAGCAAUGAAUCAUUGUAUAAAACUAAACAAUUUUUAUAAAAUGAAACUUCAUCAUAAACAUAAAAGUGAUAAAUGUAUUAUGAAGAAUCUUGAUAUAAAAGAUGAAAGUGAAAUAGUUGAACAUGAAUUAAAAAUGGAGCUGCGGGGCACCACAAACCAGUUAGAUAUUACCAAUAAUUUAAAUUCAAGUGUACAUAAGAGUUUGAAAUCUAUUCAAACUAAUUCAAAUAUGCUUUCAUAUACUUACACAAGGGCAGAACCAUUCAAAUAUGACUUUGGGAGGAAACUGUACUCUUAUAAAAGUAAAUAUAUGCAUAAUCACAUGGGAGAAAAGCCAUUCAAAUGUGACAUUUGCUUGAAAAAUUUUCCAAUUAGGAGUAGUUUGAAGAGACAUUUGCAUAGUCAUACAGGAGAGAAGCCAUUCAAAUGUGAUAUUUGUUUAAAACCAUUUGCAUGGAAAAUUAAUUUGAAGACACAUUUGCGUAGUCAUACAGGAGAAAAGCCAUAUAAGUGUGAUAUUUGUUGUAAAACUUUUUUACAAAAAAGUGGCUUAAAGAUACAUUUGCAUAAUCAUACAGAAGAAAAGCCAUUCAAAUGUGAUAUUUGUUUAAAAACUUUUUCAUAUACAAGUCACUUGACAACACAUUUGCGAAGUCAUACAGGAGAAAAGCCAUUUAAAUGCGAUAUUUGUUUGAAACAAUAUUCACGGAAAAUUAAUUUGAAGACACAUUUACGUAGUCAUACAGGAGAAAAGCCAUUUAAAUGCGAUAUUUGUUUGAAACCAUUUCCACAGAAAAUAAAUUUAAAGUCACAUUUGUGGAGUCAUACAGGAGAGAAACCAUUUAAAUGUGACAUUUGUUUGAAAACUUUUUUUAAUACAAGUAAUUUGAAGACACAUUUACGUAUCCAUACAGGAGAAAAGCCAUUCAAAUGUGACAUUUGUUUAAAAACUUUUUCAGAUAGGAGUAAUUUGAAGAGACAUUUGGGUAGUCAUACAGGAAAGAAGCCAUUCAAAUGUGAAGUUUGUUUUAAAACCUUUUCACAGUCCGGUGAUUUAAAAACACAUUUGCGUAGUCAUACAGGAGAAAAACCAUUCAAAUGUGAAAUUUGUUGGAGAACUUUUUCCUAUACAACAAGUUUAAAUGUACAUAUGCGUAUUCACACAGGAGAAAAGCCAUUCAAAUGUGGAAUAUGUUCAAAAACUUUUUCUCAGACGAGUAGUUUAAGGACACAUUUGCGGAGUCAUACUGGAGAAAAGCCAUUCAAAUGUAAUAUAUGUUUGAAAACUUUUUCACAGACGAGUAAUGUGACGAUUCAUUUACGUAGUCAUACAGGAGAAAAGCCGUUCAAAUGUGACUUUUGUUCUAAAACUUUCUUUGAUACAAGUAAUAUGAAGGCACAUUUGCGUAUCCAUACAGGAGAAAAGCCUUUCAAAUGUGAUGUUUGUUUUAAAACUUUUUCAGAUAGGAGUAAUUUGAAGAGACAUUUGCGUAGUCAUACAGGAAAAAAGCCAUUCAAUUGUGACAUUUGUUCAAAAAGUUUUUCAGAUAAAGAUAACUUGAAGACACAUUUGCGUAUCCAUACAGGAGAAAAGCCUUUCAAAUGUGAUGUUUGUUCUAAAACUUUUUCAGAUAGGAGUAAUUUGAACAAACAUUCACUUAGUCACACUGGAAAAAAGCCUUACAAAUGUGAAACUUGCUUUAAAACUUUUUUACAGUUCAGUGAUUUCAAGAUACAUUUACGGAGUCAUACAGGGGAAAAGUCAUUCUAA